AUGGCGGAAAAGGAAGCCACUGUUUACAUCGUCGACGUGGGCAGGUCCAUGGGCGGGCGCCAUCAUGGUCGCUCCGUCACGGACCUGGAGUGGGCCAUGCAGUAUGUCUGGGACAAGAUCACCUGUACAGUUGGGAAUGGUCGAAAGACAGCCACGCUUGCUGUUGUUGCUUUGCGCUCAGAUGAAACGUCGAAUGAACUUUCAGAGGAUCCCUCCUAUUCUAGGAUAUCUGUACUGUCAAACCUUGGACAAUGUCUCAUGCCCGAUAUUCGAAAGCUACGCGACGCUAUCAAACCCAGCAAUACUAAUAGGGGUGACGCCAUUUCUUCAAUUGUCGUUGCUACGCAAAUGAUCAAUCAAUUCACCAGGACUCUCAAAUACAAGCGGAAGAUCGUCCUUGUAACCAAUGGUACCGGGCCAAUGAGCGGCGACGGGAUCGAGGAGAUCGCGAAGAAGCUUGUCAAAGACAACAUUGAAAUGGUCAUUCUCGGAGUUGAUUUUGACGAUCCAGAGUACGGCGUGAAAGAGGAAGACAAGGAUCCCCACAAGGCUCAAAAUGAGAAAUUGCUGAGCGAGUUUGCCGAAAAUUGCCAAGGUCAAUAUGGAACCAUGGAGCAGGCGAUCGCUGAACUGGACAUGCCUCGCGUCAAACUGGUAAAACCGCUGCCGUCCUUCAAGGGAAUGUUGAGACUUGGAGACCCCCAGAAGUACGACUCAGCGAUUCAGAUCCCUGUGGAGCGCUAUUCUCGAACAUAUGUCGCCCAUCCCCCAUCUGCUAGCUCCUUUGUCCUUCGCUCCGGAACGACCGGCGGUGAGCCUGAAGGCGAAUCGGGACCCGGCCAAGGCGAUACUCUUACCAGUGUGAGACUGUCGCGGACAUACCAGGUUGAAGAUGCGUCUGCACCAGGAGGAAAGGUUGAUGUUGAGCGAGACGACCUGGCCAAGGGCUAUGAAUAUGGACGGACAGCCGUCCACAUCAGUUCAACGGAUGAAAAUAUUACUAGGCUGGAAACUUCCGCUUGUCUUGAUCUGAUUGGCUUCAUCCGCCAAGACCAUUAUGAUCGGUACCUCCACAUGUCCAACACCAAUAUCAUUAUCCCAGAGCGGAUGAAUGACAAGGCCUCUCUAGCAUUAUCAUCCCUUACUCAUGCUCUUUGGGAGCAGUCAUAUUAUGCUGUUGCGCGGAUGGUGACCAAGGAGAAUCGGCCCCCAAUGGUUGUCUUGCUUGCACCGUCCAUUACCGCAGAGUACGAAUGCCUCAUUGAGGUUCAGCUUCCAUUCGCCGAAGACGUCCGUUCAUACAGAUUCCCGCCGUUAGACAAGGUCAACACCGUGUCUGGCAAGGUUGUCACCGAACACCGAAACCUGCCCAGUGAGGACUUACAAAAGGCAAUGGAUGAUUACGUUGACAGCAUGGAAAUGGACUACAAAGAUGAACUUGGAAACGACGCACUUCCGAUCGAUGACUCUUUCUCUCCACUUCUGCACCGCAUCGAAUCGGCUGUGCGACAUCGCGCGGUACACCCUAAUGACCCUGUCCUCGAACCGCCUGAGAUAUUGGCCAAGUUCGCGCAACCAGAUCCAGAGCUCGUGAGGCAGUCAAAGCAGUUCUUGGAUGAGCUAGUGUCCAAGGCUGAUGUUAAGAAAGUUCCACCCAAGACGAAAGGUCGCAAACGCCAACGCGAAACUGAAAAGCCUCUCUCGGGUCUUGACGUUGACGCCCUCCUUAACCAAGAACCCGAACGCUCAAAGAGGAUCUCUCCUGAAAAUGCCAUCCCCGAGUUUAAACAGAUGCUUUCGCGUGCAGACAGCAUCGAGGCAAUUCCAGAUGCUGUCAAGCAGAUGUGUACCAUUAUCGAGACGCAGGUGCGAAACAGCCUUGGAAAUGCAAAUUAUGAUCGCGUCGUGGAAGAAAUGGGAACUAUGCGCGGAGAACUGGUGGAUUACGAAGAGCCCGCUCUUUACAAUGACUUCUUGCGCUCGCUGAAGGAGAAGAUCCUACGGGAAGAGCUGGGAGGUGACCGGCGAGAGUUGUGGUGGCUUUUGCGGCGUAGCAGGGUUGGCCUUAUCGAUCAGAAUACCUCUGAUAGAUCUGAGGUCUCAGAGCAGGAGGCCAAAGACUUCUUUUCCCCCACCUGA